AUGCAUAACAAAAAGGGCAAGCUGUGCACUAAGCUCACCAGUAGCUUCCUGCGCAAGUGGUGGGUCGUACUUGCCAUAGCCGUAGCCCUAUUGGUCGGUGGCCUCCUAGUGGUGGCAUUUUUCACGGCGGCAGUCGAGCUGGUUAUCGAUGACCAAAUCACCCUGCGGCCCGGGUCUCAGACGUUCGAGAUGUGGCGCAAACCACCUGUGCGACCUCUGUUAAAAGUGUACGUGUACAAUGUCACCAACGCCGACGAGUUUUUGAACGUGAUCGCGCCCGGUGAAGUGCGCGAGAAGCCACUCUUGGACGAGUUGGGUCCGUUCGUCUACGUGGAAACGUGGGAAAAAGUCAACCUGACAUUCCACGACAACGGCACGCUCACGUACAACCAGCAAAAGGUGUACAGGUUCGACCCCGAACAGAGUGUCGGUUCCGAAGAUGAUAUCGUCGUGGUGCCCAACAUCCCGAUGUUGUCAGCCACGUCACAGAGCAAACAUGCCGCCCGGUUCUUGAGACUGGCCAUGGCCAGCAUCAUGGACAUCCUUAAGGUGAAACCGUUCGUUGAGGUGAGUGUCGGUCAGUUGCUGUGGGGCUACGAGGAUCCGCUUUUAAAACUGGCCAAGGACGUGGUGCCCAAAGAACAGAAGCUGCCUUACGAAGAGUUUGGUCUGCUGUAUGGGAAAAAUGGAACUUCACGUGACAAUAUGACCGUGUUUACUGGGGCGACAGACAUUCGGUUGUUUGCUGCUCUGGACAAAUUCAACGGGCGCACGCACCUACCGCACUGGACCACCGAUUCUUGUAACCGUAUGUCCGGCGGAAGCGAUGGUUCCCUUUUCCCUCCCAGGAUCCAACCAGACACCAUCCUACACGUCUUCGACAAGGACAUGUGCAGAAAAUUACCCCUAGUAUUCAAGAAACAAGUUGAAGCUAAGGGAGGAGUGAAAGCGUACCGAUUCGGUCCUGACCACCGUGCGUUUGCCGACCCCGACCACGAGCCCGAGAACCGGUGCUACUGCCCUUCACUGAGCAGUCCCAGUGGAAACAGUACUUCUGGUACCAGCAGCUCUACCACAGCAAUGCCCACGGUGUCGACGAAAAUGAAUUCUCCACAGUGUGCACCUCACGGCACAUUUAACGUGAGCUUGUGCCAAUAUGACUCUCCAGUGCUGCUGUCUUUCCCUCACUUUUACAUGGGUGACCCACGACUCCGGGAAGCUGUUAACGGAAUGGACGAGCCAGAUGCUGAACGCCACGAGUUUUACAUUGACGUACAACCCGAAAUGGGAGUGGCUAUGCGUGCCAGAGCCCGUGUGCAAAUUAAUCUGGCCGUAAGUCAAGUAGUAGACAUCAAGCAAGUGGCCACAUUCCCCGACAUUGUGUUUCCAAUCAUGUGGUUCGAAGAGGGCAUCGAUGAGCUGCCCGACAACGUGAUCCAACUGCUCAAACUGGCCACGCAGACGCCGCCAGUGGCCAAGGCCGCACUGCAGUACGCAUUGUUCGCCUCGGGAGCUGUGCUGCUGCUGUUGGCUCUCGGGUGUCUAGUACGCAACUCUCACAGGCAAGAGACCAUGUCCCUCGAAGGGACAGCUCACUACAGCCAGGACGAAAAGAAGAAGCCCAAGAAGACGAUCCCGCCCGCGCCCUUGAGCACCACGGUGUUGUCCAACGGUAACGGGACCGCGGCCAAGGCCAACGCCGGCUACGUGGCCGACGACGAAUAG